CCGAUGGGCGCACGCGCAGGCUGUGGCGCUGAGGCGGGGCUGCGGCCGCGCCGCCGUCGGGCGACGCUGGGGAACGCGGCGCGAUGGGGAGCGCGCGCUGGGCCUUCCCCUGCGCGGCCUGGCGCCCCGGCCGCCGGGAGUGGCUGCUGGCGGCGCGGCUGGUGCAGCCCGAGGAGAAGGACCGCAUCGGCCAGUUUGUCUUUGCCCGCGAUGCCAAAGCCGCCUUGGUUGGUCGCCUCCUGAUGCGGAAAUUAAUUGCAGAAAAGUUGUGCAUACCUUGGAAUGAAAUACACUUGCAAAGGACAUCAAAAGGAAAACCUUUCUUGGCAAAUAAUAUAUUCAGUAUCUGUUCAAAUUACAACUUCAAUGUCUCUCAUCAAGGAGAUUAUGCAGUUCUUGCAGCUGAGCCUGAGCUUCAAGUUGGCAUUGAUAUUAUGAAGACUAAUUUACCAGGUAGUAGCUCAAUUCCAAAUUUCUUUCGCAUCAUGGAACGACAGUUUACUGAAACAGAGUGGGGUGUAAUCAAGUCUAUGAGUAAUGAAUGGAUGCAGCUGGAUAUGUUUUAUCGGCACUGGGCCUUAAAGGAGAGCUUCUUAAAGGCUAUUGGAGUUGGAAUUGGUUUUAACUUGCAAAGAAUUGAAUUUAAUGUGUACCCAUUGCAACUGGAAAUAGGGAAGGUGUAUAAAGAGACAAAAAUGCUUUUGGAUGGAGAUAAGGAAGAAGACUGGACAUUUGAGGAAACCCGGUUAGAUGACCAUCAUCAUGUUGCAGUGGCUCUCGGGAAACAGGAGGGAUUUGGACAGAAGUGUUCUGAUGUAUGUUCCAUGGAGCCUAACCAACCACAGUUUACAUUAUUGACUUUUGAAGAUUUAGUUGCAUCUGGUAUUCCAGUCACACCUGAGGAUCCUGCAUGUUGGGAUAAUUUUUUUUCUAAGCAGGAGUGUCCAAUGAAACAGAAUUCCCAUUCAAGAUAAGAAUGUUUGUAAGAAAAAUAAAAUUGUCAAAAGUU